AUGGUGUCUAGCGCCGUCCGAGCGCAAGUAGCUGCAAAAUGGCAGGACUCAUUCGCGCGUCUCAACCGCUCGGAACCAGGAAUAUCGGGUCUCAUGGCCUUCAGCGAUGCAUGGACCUUGGCAACUGAAUUCUUGAAACCUUGCGACUUGAACGACCUCAAGUCGAGGCGCCAAUACGGUUACCAGACUAUGCGCCGGGUCAGGAUGGCUUUUGACACCAUCAACAAGUGCAGGCGUUUGCCUGUCAUGAUGGAAAUCUUUCUCGAGGACUUGCAUAAAAGCCAGCACUUGAUCGCGCGUGAAGUAGAGUCCCACAUGAAUCUUUACUCAGGAAACUCUGAUCCUGAAAUGGUACGAGCCCUCAUCUUUCGCCUGGUUGAGUGGUACAAUGCGUGGAAACCACCAGCAGAGUUGGGACAAACUAUUAUCUCUGCCUACACCUUGGCCUUCCAAACACACUUAUUUUCCAUCCUUCCUGCGUCAUUCGCAAAGGGCAUCAAGUCGCUCGUUGCUGCAACGCUUCUUGGCACCGUGUCCCAAUCCUCUGAUCAACGUGAUAGCGCACUGUGGCUCGCCUUUGACACAUUGAGCUUAAUUGAACGCUACGAAACGCUCAUAACCAGUGUGGGGUACGAAUAUGUCGAAUCUCACGUACAUGAAACGUGUGCAGGGGCAUGGUCUGAACCCAUGCUUCCCAAACUGCGUUCGUGGAUGCUCGAAAAAAUAGUGCCAUGGAUGAUUUGGCCCUUUGCGAGGGGCGCAACGAACGCUGAGGAAGCCAAAACCAUGAUGCAAGGUGUUGGAUCCAGGUUUGACUUUCACAUGCACAAAACGCUUUGCGAUCUGCGUACCAAGGAAAUAUUUGAUAUCAUCGUGGAUUUCCCAGAUUCUGUACCAGCGCUUCAUGACUUGAAAGAGUGCCUGCAACGCGUAGACCAGCGUGCAGAAUUAGUGCAGUCUCUCAGACGAGCAAAUCGAAUGCGACUUCUCCACCCUGGUGCAGAUACGAAAGACAUUCUACUGCAAUACGUGUCAACGAUCAAAUGUUUGCGAAUCGUAGAUCCUCCCGGAGUGCUCUUAUUUAAGGUGGCAGAUCCCAUACGACGAUAUCUUCGCGAGCGGCCCGAUACCAUUCGAUGUAUUGUUGCCAGCUUGGUUGGUGACGGUGAGAGCGGCGACUCACUGAUCGAUGACAAUGAGCCCAUUCAUCCCCUACAACAACCCGAGGCGGAGAACUAUGCAGAUCCCGAGUGGACCCCAGAACCCGUUGAUGCUGGACCCGAUUUCCGCGCGAACAAGACGAGCGAUAUAAUAAGCACACUGGUCAGCAUCUACGACUCGAAAGACCUCUUCAUUAAAGAGCUGCAAGUAUUGCUGGCACAACGCUUGCUCGCUCUGAAAGACGGGAAUCUUGAUCGAGAGCGGCGCAACGUCGAAAUUUUGAAGAUACGGUUUGGCGAACCUGCAUUACAAGUGUGUGAGGUCAUGCUUCGGGAUAUGACAGAUUCCCGAAGGAUAGACCAGCAUGUUCAGUCACAGAAACCCAGUGUCAUGCAUCCGACUAUCAUCUCUCGUCACUUUUGGCCGGCAUUGGAAGCCAGUGACAUGGUCAUGCCUGGCCAGUUCCACGACUUGCAGGAGCAAUACGCUAAGGAGUUCUCGGCCUUUAAACCAGACAAAGUUAUUCGUUGGCAUCCUCAUCUUGGUAGAAUCCAAUUAGAACUCGAGCUAGACGAUCGAACCGUCGAAGCGGAUGUACCGCCAUUGGAGGCUGCGUUCAUUGAACUUUUUUCUGAAAAGGAUACGUGGACAGUAGACGAACUCAUUGAGCGCGUAGGCACGGUGACGCGCAGUGCAGCCUUGAAGGCGCUUGGCACCUGGGUUGAUAUGCGGCUCCUCAAGGAAGAUAGCGAGAAUGUCUUCCGUCUGCUCUCUGUGGCAGAAGAUGGUACAGAAGUCGCUCCCCCGAAAUUAGGUAUGACCAGUCUCUGUAUUUACUUGUUAUGUUCGCGACAUGUUAUCCCAGCUGUCGGAGGGGAAGAUUUGCCUCCCGUGAUAAGCGUACAGCAACAACAGGCCGAACAAAUGAGGGUAUAUUGGAAGUUCAUCGAAGGCAUGCUCACUAACCUAGGACCGCUUGGAUUGGACCGCAUACAAGCCAUGCUGAAGCUAGCCCGUGGUUAUGACCGAACCAUCGAACAGUUAGGGAGCUUCAUGGAAGCUGCAAAGAGGGAGGGCCUUGUGACUGUUAAAGAUGGAUUGUGGAAACUUGGUAAAUGAAAG